AUGGCCACAGAAGAACCCGUUAUCACAGUGGAAACCGUUCCUGAACCUCAAGCAGAGAAGACCAAGAAAGCCAAAGAUUCAAAGCCAAAGAAAGCUUCCAAACCUCGAAGCCCUUCUUCUCAUCCUUCCUACUCGGAGAUGAUCAAAGAUGCAAUUGUGUCACUGAAGGAUAAGACAGGUUCAAGCCAUUACGCGAUUGCAAAAUUCAUUGAAGAGAAACACAAACAGCUUCCUUCAAACUUCAAAAAAUUAUUGCUUCACAAUUUGAAGAAGAACGUUGCUUCUGGAAAGCUUGCUAAGGUUAAAGGUUCAUUCAAGAUACCUCUCGCAACGCCCAAACCGAAGACCAAGCCAGCUGCAAAGGUGAAACCAUUGAAGGCUAAGCCGGCUGCAAAGCCGAAAGCUAAAGCUGUUGUCAAGCCGAAUAUUGCUUCUAAGGUAAAAGCUGUAACAGCCAAGCCCAAAGUUGCGGCUUCCAAGAACAAAGCUGCUAAGCCAAGGGAGAGGCCUGCAAAGGUUACAAAGAAGACUCCGGUGAAGAAAGUUGCGGCAGUGAAGAGCGUGAAGGCUAAGAGCAUUAAGUCUCCGGUAAAACAGGUUUCGGUGAAGAGAGGGGGAAAUAAAUGA